AUGUCGGACGAGGAGGCAUCCUUCCAGCUACGGAUGUCUGACUCAGAUGCCGCGUCAUGUGAGGAGGGCUCCGGGGCGAUGUUUGGGCUGACGAGCAAGGAAGUUCUGUCCUUGCCACAAGAGAUGCAGUCCGUGCUGCAGAGUACGCAGGAGACCCUGAACCAGCGGAAGCGUCGUCGUCAAGAUGAACAAGAGGCAUUUGAGAAGCGAGCGAGGAGGCGUCAGGAACAUCACAGCCCGGAGCCCAUAUUCAAGACCAAGCGUUGCAGGCCUUCUCCUCCACCUCCUCCUCCUCCUUCUCCUGCUCCUCUUCCUCGCAUUCAGCACGUGGCCGUCAUUUGCAUCAUUUCCAUCGUUUCCAUCAGCAGCAUAACCAUCAUGUCAUCCUCAUCCUCCUCCUCCUCCUCAUCAUCAUCCUCGUCCUCAUCAUCCUCAUCAUCCCCCUGA